AUGCGGUGGCCAGUUCUGGUAUCUGGUGGCCUCAACAGGUCUGUAUCCUUCAGGUUAAAGCUGGAAGAAGCCAAAGAAGUGCAGAGUCUAAGGAAAAGAGCCAACGGAGUGAGUGCUGCCGCCCUGCUGGUGGGGGAGAAGUUACAAGAGGAGGCCACCUUGGCGGACGACCCUUUCAAGAUCAAGCCUGGCGCCAUCAUCAUCGUAAUGAUAAUAAUGGGACGUCUCCGUGAAAGGAUCAACGAAGAGGAGGACCUCAAUUUGGGGACGUCUUUUUCCGCCGAGACAAACCGGAGGGAUGAAGAUGCCGACAUGAUGAAGUACAUAGAAACGGAGCUGAAGAAGCGGAAGGGGAUCGUGGAGAGCGAGGAGCAGAAAGUGAAGGCGAAAAACGCCGAGGACUGUCUCUACGAACUUCCCGAGAGCAUCCGGGUCUCCUCGGCCAAGAAGACGGAAGAGAUGCUCUCCAACCAGAUGCUCAGCGGCAUUCCCGAGGUGGACCUCGGAAUUGAAGCCAAGAUCAAAAACAUCAUCUCUACGGAGGAAGCCAAGGCGCGGCUGCUGGCUGAGCAGCAAAAUAAAAAGAAGGACAGUGAAACCUCUUUCGUGCCCACUAAUAUGGCGGUGAACUACGUCCAGCAUAAUCGAUUUUAUCACGAAGAGCUCAAUGCGCCGAUCAGAAGGAAUAAAGAAGAACCCAAGGCCCGUCCGCUGAGAGUGGGAGAUACCGAGAAACCGGAACCAGAAAAGUCUCCCCUGAACCGCAAGCGACCGCCCAACGAGAAGGCCACCGACGACUACCACUACGAGAAGUUCAAGAAGAUGAACCGUCGCUACUGAAGCCGAAUGAUCUGGGUUACGCCAGGGGAAAAAAAACUGUAUAUUUUUUCUGGCCUCCGUUGGCUGGCAAAAGGGGUGUAAAUAUGGUGUGAAAAUGGAAAAGGGUCCUUUCCUUUGGUGAAUCUUCGUGUCGUCUUACGUUUUCUCCCUGAAACGUUGUCCGGAGAUCUCUCUGUCGUCCUUUCCCUGUUUCUAAUGUAUGUUUUUUCAAGUACAGUACAAAGCUUUCUGUUUUAAACAAAACUGGAUUGGAG